GCCACCGCUCCUCCACUUCCUCCUCCUCGACAUCCAGAUGUGCCGCCCGUCAGGAUGGGGCUCGGUGUCACCGGCCAAUCUGCAGAGAAGGCACGCCUGCAACAGGCGGUCAAACACUUCGCCAAGGAUGUCAUGGAGGGCAUGGCUGUCAACAUCAUCGAUGAGGACACAGGUACGGUGUCAUCAACGACUCUCUUGAUGGACAGGUCCCUUCGCAAUAUCGAGAUUCGCGAACCGAAGGAGGGAUCGAGGAACUAUCGCAUGCAGGACAUGGCGGCCAUUUUCCGAGACACGGAGUUUCAGCAGGUCGUCCCGAGCUUGGCUCACCUGGCCCCGCGAUGCAUAGCCGUGGAUUUCAGCAGAGAGACUGACUUUCGGCUGUGCUUUCAGUUCGAGGAUUCCGAUCAGCGUGACAACUUCUACAGCUGUUUGAAGAUCUUACGGAUGUCCUUGGAUGCAAGCGCACUUCCUCGAGAUGAUGCAGAGUGA